AUGUCGUCGUCGGAUUCUUCCUCACCAAGAACCCUCUUCACGUCUUCGGCAGUCGGCGAAGCAUUUCCGCCAGCGGAUUCAGCUGUCACAGAUCCCGCUCUCGCUGCCGAGCUCAAGAAGAGGAGGACGUUCCGUACCUUCUCCUACCGCGGCGUCGAACUCGACAAACUCCUCGACCUAAGCAAUGAAGAGCUCGUCCACGCCCGCGCUCGUCGCAAGUUCAACCGCGGUCUCAAACGCCGUCCAAUGGGUCUCAUCAAGAAACUCCGCAAAGCCAAAAAAGAGGCCCCUCCGAAUGAGAAACCAGCCGUCGUCAAGACCCACUUGCGAGACAUGAUCAUCGUCCCUGAGAUGAUCGGUAGCGUCAUCGGUAUAUACAACGGCAAGACCUUCAACUCCGUCGAAAUCAAACCCGAAAUGACGGGACACUAUCUCGCCGAGUUCUCUUGCUCAUACAAGCCCGUCAAACACGGUCGUCCAGGUAUCGGUGCCACGCACUCAUCGAGAUUCAUUCCUCUCAAAUAA